AUGUCCGAUAGACCUUCGCACAGAGGCGGCCGCGGCGGUGACCGAGGCAACUAUCGAGGCCGCGGAGGAGCAGCCGGUGGUGGCCGUGGAGGCGCUUCCGCCGCCCAGGGCGAGAGGCCCAAGAAGGAGAACAUUUUGGACCUGGCCAAGUACAUAGAUAAGGAGAUUACCGUCAAAUUCAACGGCGGCCGCGAAGGUAAAGAAGAAGAAGAAGAAGAAGAAGCGCGACGGAAUGGACUCAAGUCAGUCCGUGGUACUCUCAAAGGCUACGAUGCCCUCAUGAACCUCGUCCUUGACGAAGUGCAGGAAACCCUCCGAGACGAAGAAGGCAACGAGUCAUCCCGGCCCCUUGGCCUCGUCGUCGUCCGCGGCACACUCCUCGUCCUCAUCAGCCCCGCUGACGGCAGCGAAGAAAUCGCCAAUCCCUUUGCUCAGCCCGAAGAGGAUUAA